AUGAAUAAAGAUUCGUACGAUCCUUUGUUGACCGGUGACUAUGGAGAGGACACCAUCCUUGAAAAUACUUCUCGUCUUUCUCAUGGGAGCACACGGCGCAACUCCCUAUCAUCAUAUUUAAUAACUGUUGCCAAGAUAUUCCCAUGGAUUCUGUCAUUCAUACUUGCGACCAUCAUUAUAUACGACAGAACUAACGGCUGGGAUCGAUUUCGCCAACACAAACUAUACGCUUCACACCAAGCUUAUUCUCCGGCCCAACAUGAGAUUGAAUACAAAUUAACGAAAUUCCAUACCAAUAUUGUCGAUGCCCCCGAUGAAUUUCAAGGAGGCCCUUCAGAAACUCUGAACAAGGCAUGGGAUGGUUUGUUUAAUUUUGGUAUAUCUACAAUCCCUAAAGCUCAAGCAAAAUUACUCCCAAACUAUACAUCACCAGUACCUGGUCACGAAGACGAAUAUAUCGUUGAGCUUGACGUAUUUCAUCAACUCCACUGCCUUAAUAUCUUCCGUAAAGCUUUCACGCCUAUUUAUCUCUCAGAUUGGGAAUAUGUUAAAGAUGCAGAAGUUUCCUUGAAUUGGACGGUUCCCAAAACAUAUCCAUAUGAAGCGUUUGAAGAAAAUCGAGUCAAAAACAGUAUCAACCCAUGGCACAUCGGUCACUGUCUCGAAAGUCUACGGCAAUCGAUCAUGUGUCACGCCGAUAUUACUCCAGCCGUUUGGCACUGGGACUACUCUGUUCCCAACCCAGUAAGAAACAAGCCCUGGCUCACUGUUCUACAUACGUGUCGCGAUUUCGACCGUAUCCGUGACUGGGCUAAAAAGCGCAAGAUACGGUGGGAUUUUGACGACGAUGUUGAAAUACCGCAGCAGUUUGAUAUACCGACAUAUCCAUGA